AUGGUCAAUGUGAUUGCCACUCAAGUAGAGAAAUAUCAAAUGUAUCAAAUGAUUAUUCUUGAAGCUAAGGAACAUUCGAUGUCAAAUAGGCUAACGAUACGACUCCUUGAUCCUUUUCCGAGUGUACAUUUUGAUAAAAUCGAUGAUAUUUUAGGCCUUAAAGGACCCAUAUUUUAUACCCCCGAGACAAACUUCAAAGGCAAAGUCAUCAAUCUGCUGCCCGAUUGGGACUCAGCCCUAAAAAUCAACGUCACUGUGUCAUCAGGUAUGUCUAUACCCAUUGUUCGAAAUCGUGACUACGGCGUCAUCGAGUUUGCCUUGAAGUACAAUUUGAGCCUUAGAGUUUUGAAUGCCUCGUAUAAGUUGACAGUUGCAACAUCUGUGGUCCCCGACAUCCAGUUGAAAAGUCAAGUUCACACUAACAUGGAUAAUUUGAAGAAUUGGAAUCCCCACGACAUAUCGUCGCUAAUGGUUGCUGUUCCCUGUGGCAAAGAGCUGAGAAUCGAGGAAGUCUUUAAACAACUGGAUGUGCACUCUUGGCUGGUAUACAUUUUCAUUGUCUAUGGAAUAUUUGUGGUGGCAGAGGCCUCUAUUCUCGCAAUAACCCAUAGAAUGACCGGCAGAGCAUACAGGUUCACCAGUCUCAUUCCUUUCCUGAAUCUCCGCGCAUUUCGGGCAAUUUUGGGCAUGUCGUUCCCAAUCAGCCGAAGAUCAAGCCUAUCACUUCGUCAGCUUUUCCUGGCCAUAAACGUUUUUGGAUUGAUCUUCAGCAGUUUCUUCAGCUGCAAGUUGAGUGCCCUCCUCAUGAAGUACUCCGAUCAGCCACACGUUAAGAACUUCGAGGAUCUACGUGACAGUGGGCUGCCCGUGAUCGUGGGACCCACCAUGGAUCCUUUUCUAAAAAGUGAAGCUGGUUCCGAUUUCGUUAAGAACCACUUGAUAAACCUCAAGUAUGUUAGUCAGUGGGAUCGCGUUCAAAUGUUGCUGAAAGCAAACACCAGCAACGCAUACCUUCUGUACUCAGAGGACUGGAAUAUCUUAGAUAACUUUUGGAAGUUCUAUGGCCACAAAAUGUUAUGCAAGUCCGAACAUUUGACUAUCAUACAAGCCUUGCCCAUCACCUAUAUCCUCAAGAAUAACUCUAUGCUGGAUAGAAGCCUAUUCAGGUUUAUGAUGCGACUGCAGGAGUACGGCUUUGUGGGUCAUUGGAUAAAACAAUCACCGUACCCGCUUAGAAAGUUCGUCAUUUCCAAUGGCUAUGGUGUGUUCUUGGAUGUGGCUAUGGAUUUGCAAUCAUAG